AACUUCCAUUCCAUGAACUGCCGCUUUUCGAUAAUGUUUACAUUGCUGAAUCCCCCCGCGCUGCGUUAUUAAAAAGAGAGUAUUCAGUCCGCUGGUCGGUCCGACAUGAGGCGCACGCUUUAAUACCCCAUUUCAAUCCCCCUGGAGACGCCGUCAAACGAUGUUUCUUCUAAAGAAAUGCUCAAUAACAAAUUUGGGGUGUUGAGGUGUCAUAGACGUCGCAGCCUAAACUCGGCUGUUCUUCUAUGGAUGGAGAUCAUAUCUCAAAGGACGGACCCGAUCUCUUACGAUUGAGUACGUUAACGCCCCAUCAAGUCUCUUAUGAGAUAAGCGUGUGUCCUCUUCCACAAACGGCCACCUACCCUCAUGAGUCCGACUACUAUCGACGACAGAGAUAGCUCCGUGUCCCGUAUUGGCACCUGGGUAGAUGGUGGGACCCCACACGAAUACGAUAACACCGUGUCCAGCUCCAAGACCAAUGGGGACCAUCUUUCGGUCACUUUCACUGGAACUCAAAUCGCAGUUUAUGGAACGUACGACUAUAGCUCUUCUGGAGUUAUUACUUCUUACGCUAUUGACGGUGGUAAUGCAACACGAGUUACACAUACGUCUGGUGGCGGAGACACCUACAACGAAAUGUUUUGGGAGUCAGAUUCAUUGGCGCUCGAGCAGCACGAACUAGUCGUGACGAUGGUGCACGUCAAUACAGGCUACGGCGAUCUCGAAGGGACUGUGUGGUUCGACUAUUUCAAUGUCUACAAUGAAACGACUUCAUCAGCUUCCACAUUCACCGGUUCCGCAACAUCUUCAUCGUUACCUUCGAGUUCUACGGCAAAUUCCCCUGAUGCUGCCGCUUCCCUAGCUUCCUCUGAUUCUUCAUCAGCCAACAUUGGCGCCAUUGUCGGCGGUAUCGUUGGUGGUGUUUUUGUCUUUCUGGUCGUCGCCGUUGUAUUCGUCUGGUAUCGUUCUAGGCAAAAGCGACGGGAUGUGCAUACCCGCGCAAUCGGUGAUCCCCCACCACCAUUUCCGAGUUCUAAUGGUCCCAGACCUCCGCUUCUUACUUCUGGGUCCGCAGAACCCUUUAUACCGACGAGACAAAUACCGGUCUUCCCUGUUGUCGCGUACAGGGAUGGUGCCAGAGAUAGCGUGGAUACCUCCUCUUUCACAGAACCCAUCUUCGCUGGUCCGACUUCUAGCAUGUCUUCCAAGUUGUCACACCACCAGACAGUUUUGUCAUAUGUACCGGCGGCAACAGGGUCGUCGACAGCGCCGAUGUCAUCCUCGUCCGCUGGUCGGUUUGCCGGUGAUAGCGUAGCGGAGAUGAAGCAACGCCAAGGGGAGGCCGUGGCAGGAUAUUUCGAACCUAUCCAGCAUAUCGACAGUGGGGUUCGUACACGUCCGCAACCAGAAGAUGACUUGCCCCCAGUCUACAGUCCUAACUAGCCGCUUCAUCUACGCCUUUGCCUCUUCACGAACUAUUUUUGGCUCGGCGUUACAUAUCAGCGACACCUACGCCACCAUGUUGCUUUCUACUUUGUGUACAGCGCACUUGCGGCG